UUAAGAUGAAGUAGGCAAUUCCAGAGUCAAUGAUGGACGACAAAAUCAGCAUCAAGGAUAAAGUUUAAUUCUUCAAACACAGAAUUAUGUGUCUGUGAUGGGUACAAAUUGCCCAGCAGAGUAUUGAUGGAGCGAAGAUCAGAUGAGCAAUAGUGUGUUGUCACCAAGACUGUGAGGCACACACAGUUUGUUGACAUGAGAGUAAGACCAUCUCGUUUGCUACGCAGCCUCUUUCUGGUAGUGCUAUUUCUUUUCGUGAUGCUCAACAUGCAUGUGCUGUUGAAUACGAAUUCUCACCAUUCAGAAUCCGUGGAUCAUUCCCUUCUCUACAAACUCCGAAAUCCGGACAUUUACAUCAACCCUCACGUGCAAGUCGGCCAUGAAGUCACACCUCAAAGUAGCGAAGCCAAGCUGGAAGUGUUCAUCCCACCAAAUAUGUAUAAUCAGACAUUCUCCAAAGGAGACGUACAGGAAAACAAUUUAACACAAAUUAAACUAGAAAUAGAUAGGAUUAACCGAGAACAAUAUAUACAAAAUUUGCACAAGUUUGGAUUGAAGUUAAGAACAGACAGUGUUGUCAUGGUAGUCCAAGUUCAUGAUCGCGCUCAGUACCUCCAGAUUCUUGUGGAUUCUUUACGUAAAGUCAAGAAGAUACAGGAGACCCUUGUGAUAUUUAGUCAUGAUGUGUAUUCAGAGGCUCUAAAUAAAAUUGUGCAAUCUAUAGACUUUUGUCCGGUGAUGCAGAUAUUUAUGCCUGUGACUGCUCAACUUCAUCCACAAGAAUUCCCCGGCGAACACCCAAACGAUUGUCCCCGCAAUAUAAAAAAGGAGGAGGCAGCAUCAAAGAAAUGUAACAAUUGGCAGCAUCCAGACAAGUAUGGGCAUUAUAGAGAGGCCAAGUACUGCCAGACAAAACAUCACUGGUUAUGGAAGCUUCAUCGUGUGUUUGAUGAGCUGGAUGUGACCAAGAACUACACGGGACAGGUUCUGUUACUAGAGGAGGAUUACUAUGUAACUCCUGAUAUUAUCACUACUCUACAAAUGACACUCAAUCUCAAGAAAAAAGAGUGUAAGGACUGUCGUAUGAUCACUGCAGGGAAUUAUGACAAAUCCCAGAUAUUCUCGUCUAAUUCAGGCAAGAUGGAGUUAGCAUCUUGGAUUUCUUCUAGACACAAUAUGGGGAUGACAUUUGCUAGAGAUCUGUGGAAUGAAAUCAAGAAGUGUGCCAAAGAGUUUUGUAAUUUUGAUGAUUACAACUGGGACUGGACAUUGCAGCACUUGAGUAUGAAGUGUAUACCAGGCCAAAUCAAAUUGCUCAAGAUGAAGGCCACACGAGUGUUCCAUAUGGGGGAAUGUGGUGUACACCAUAAAGGGAAAAACUGUAAUCCACAAGUCAAGAAAUCUCAAGUAGAGAACCAGAUAAACCAGAAUUUAAAGCACCUGUUUCCUAAUGUGGUCAUUAUAAAUGGACAAUCACGGUUCAAGUUACGAGACCCAAAACCAAAUGGAGGCUGGGGCGACAUACGGGAUAGAAAUCUGUGUCUUAGCUUUGUCAAUGAUGGUUAAUUAAGGGAAAGAUAUUCACAAUAUUCAGGGAACAAUUACGAAGGAGAAUGUUUAUACAUAAUACAAAGAAAGGUUCAAUUUAGAACUGUUUAUAGAAAGAUGGAAGUUCUAAACUCCAGUGCUUUCACUUCAUAUGCCUUUCUGAAUGAUUAUGUAUUGUGAUUUAUCAUUUUUUACUGUGAUGUUUGAUACUGGGCAUGAUGAGUAUUUGAGCAUUUUUUAUCGUGUAGAGGUCAUUCUAUGAACAAUUUCUAAGGCCAAAGAAAAAAAUAUGUUUGUGUACUAUUACUUGCUAAUUAAAAAUUGGGUCAUUAGGUAGGAUUUUGAUUUUAUUUUUAUUUUUUUUUUACAUAAAGACAUUACUAUGAAAUACAACAGCUCAAAAAUUGCCCACUAAAAAUGACCAUACAACCUAGAAACCAUUACAUUUGAAGGAAAAUGUACAGACAAGCAAUUUUUGGAUUGUGCCCUAAAAAAGAUAUUUGGGUCAGUGCAUACAAUAAGGGUUAGUCAGGUUACUGUAAACAAUCAUAUUUUUUCUUAGGCCUAAUACAGGAUAUGGUAGGUGGUCUCUAGAUGUAAAAGUAUGUUUGUUUGUAGAUGAAGCAUUAUUAAUAACAGCAUUUGUUUGAAUUGACUUUUCAAUCAAAAUAAUUUUUUUAACAUUUUCAUACAAUGAAAUAAAAUUGUUUGCAGCAACAAUUUACAUGUAUGAAUAAAGAUUAUGAAAUAGGACAUCUUUUUAAAAAAAUGUGCACUGUGUAUUCUUAAUCACACACAAGGUUAUUUCUGGAUUAUCUCUUUACAUGUCAAAAACUUAAGUUCAUAGUUUUUUUUAACAUUUCAGUAACUUUUGUAUGCUGAAUUAAUUGUUUGGCUGCAAAAUUAAAGUCUAAUUACUUUAAUAUCAUACAAAUAAUGGGCCGGUUAUUCCAGUUUUGAGGUUUUCAUGCUUUAAAGUUGUAUUUAAAACGAUAUUGAUAGGAACAUUAAGGAUAUUUGCACAAAAGUACUGCAGUGAAACACCUGGGAAUUUCAAUAGCCUUUUAAUGUAGUUUAUGAAGAGGCUUGAGAAUAUUGCAUUUUUACUUGGGUGGAAGUUUUUUUGUCUUUUUUAUGGACAUGUUACAGUUAUUUUAGAGUUAGUUAUUUUUCUUUGAGGUUCUUCAGUUGUCUAAAUACAUACAGUCAUUCAAUGUUUCAGACACUUGCAUGCAUUUCACAUAUGAAGAUAUUCCUAUUGUUGUUUGUAGAUAUUUUGUGAUCUCAAAACAAAUGUUAUCUUAGUGUUUGAACAUAUUUGAAAAUUUCUACAGACCACAACACACAUUAAUUGUUAGAUAAUUUUUCUUAGGAAAAUAAAUCUGUGCAUAUACAUGUAUAUGUAUUUUGAAAAUUAACAAUUGUUUAUUGAAUGAGAGCUUACAUGAAUAUCACAGUGAUACAUACCACUUCAUUUAUCAUGUUCAGUAUAUACAUGUAUAAUGUACUUGUUACAUUGUACAAAAGAAAACACAUGUAUGACUGAAAAUUACUGCAUUGCUUUUUCCAAUGGAGAGGCAUUUCUUUAGAGUGUAUAUGUAUGUGAGAUGGCAAGAUGUUUUCAUGAUAUAACUGUGUUACCAUGUGUGAAAUCCUCAUCAUCUAUAUUUAGAUUUGUAGUGAUAGUUGUUUGUGCCUUUGUCAUAAAUAUGUCACAUUCACCAUCUGUGAUAAGCAUUAUUAUCUUUAACAUUUUGUGCUAGUUUUACACCAAAAUACACUGUUAUACUGCAGUACUAUUUAAAAGUUAACCUUUAUCUCCCAGAUCUCCAUUUUUCCAGCUUUCCCCUCCUUAACUUAGUAUUUGUGCUCUCCUUUAAAUACUUCCACAAUAACUCUGUACUGAGGUUUGGCUAUUUUUUGCUCUCCUUUGAAUACUUCCACAAUAACUCUGUACUGAGGUUUGGCUAUUUUUUGCUCUCCUUUAAAAACUUCCACAAUCUGUACUAAGGUUCGGCUAGCCUAUUUGUGCUCUCAUUUAAAUGCUUAAUCCUCAUUUACUCUGUAAUGAGGUUUGGCUUUGUUCUUACUCAGUUUAUGCAAAGGAAAAAAGGUGAUUUUUUUAAUAUAUGAAAUUUGGCAUUAAUAAGUAUUCUUUGCUUGUUUAUAAGUAAAAAAGAUUACUUGUAGAUCUUAUUUUUCCACAUGAAGAUUUAAAUGCUUAGUACAUUUCUUUCUAGCAUGUAUAAACUGAUUUUUUUUAUAGUGUUACACAAAGCUUAUAGUUACAAAACUGGGGGUUUUUUGUUCAUCAUUUGAACAGUUUUUAGCUCACCUGAGCUGAAAGCUCAAGUGAGCUUUUCUGAUCACCUGUUGUCCUGCAUCCAUCCAUCUGUCUGUCUGUCAGUACGUCUGUAAACUUUUCACAUUUUCAACUUCUUCUCAAGAACCACUGAGCCAAUUUUAACCAAAGUUGGUAUAGAGCAUCCUUGGGUGAAGGGGAGUUUAAAUUGUUAAAAUGAAGGGCCAACCCCCCUUACAAGGGGAGAUAAUCAAGAAAAGACAAAAAUUGGGUGGGGUCAUUAAAAAAUCUUCUUCUCAAGAACCACAGGGCCAGAAAAGCUGAAACUUAUGUGGAAGCAUCCUUAGGUAGUGUAGAUUCUAAAUUAUUCAAAUCAUGGCCCCCGGGGGUAGGGCGGGGCCACAAUAGGGAAUCAAAGUUUUACAUUGAAAUAUAUAGGCAAAAUCUUUGAAAAUCUUCUUCUCAAGAACCACUUGGCCAGAAAAGCUGAAACUUAUGUGGAAGCAUCCUUGGGUAGUGUAGAUUCUAAAUUGUUCAAAUCAUGGCCCCCGGGGGUAGGGCGGGGCCACAAUAGGGAAUCAAAGUUUUACAUUGAAAUAUAAAGGCAAAAUCUUUGAAAAUCUUCUUCUCAAGAGCCACUUGGCCAGAAAAGCUGAAACUUAUGUGGAAGCAUCCUUGGGUAGUGUAGAUUCUGAAUUCUUCAAUUCAUGGCCCCCCGGGGGUAGGGCGGGGCCGCAAUAAAUAUUACAAAGGGGAGGUCUUGUGAAGAACAGCAGGGCCAUAGUAACUCAGGUGAGCGUUGUGGCCCAUGGGCCUCUUCUUAUCUGUGGUUAUCUGUUAAGUCUAAUGCAGCAAUUAUCUUGAGAGAGUCUAAAGAUAUACAGUUCAGCAUUUAUCUGUUGAUAUCCAUAAAGAAUUAAAUUAUAAAGGGAAGCUUUACAAUGAGAGCACUGUUUUAACGUUAAUUUACAUUUUUUUUCAUUCAACAUUAAUUUUUGAAUUUUGGAUCAAAUUGUCUAGCUUAAAAAAAGCUGGUUUUCUAGUCACUAGAAAUGUUUGUCAGAGAGAAUAAGAUUUUUGACAAUACUUGGUCAUAAAGUUUUCACUUGGACCACUACUGUAUUUUAGAAUAUUUCUGAAUUAAUUAAUUUAGGUGUGUUUGAAUUUGAUCAUUAAAAACUGCAGUUUGCCUUGAAGGUGUUGAUAUAAAUUUCUUGUGUGUCUUGUAUAAUUCUGUUAUUAUCAAUAGGAAAUUUUAUCGUUUCAUCUUUUUUAAAGAAAAUUUUAAUAAUUUCUUGAAUCCAAACAAGUGUACCACCUAGUUUAGUAAAUAGAAUGAAUGCCUUAUUUUGUAGUCCAUAAUUUUGUGAUUUGUUAAUAUUUCCAAGCAACAUCCACAAAAAGUAGAUUGAAAUAAUUUUUAAUUUAUAAACUUGGGACCAGUGCAAGUACAUGUAGUUUGUUUACAUUUUUAAUAAUAAAGGAUCGAGUUAGAACAAGCUAUCAGAAAAUGGUAGCAUGAAAAAAUUUGUUGUGUGACAAGUUUGUUAUAAAAAGUUUUUAUAUACAUGCACAUUUAUGUAAGUAGGUAUGUAAUUUUAUUUUUUAUUAUGAAUACUUUACUCAACUUUUGAUCACUGUUACUUACUUUUUUCAUGAUUUAAAUUGAAGAAAGCAUUUUUUUGUGAAAACAGAUGAAUUAUUGAAAAACAGUUCUCAUUAAUAACUUGCUGUAAUACAGAAACUACUGUAGCUUUAUAAAUCAGGGCAUUGCAGUAAUUUCUGUAGAUAUGCACACAAAAUAGACUUGCAUCUGUGACAGUGAAUAAGCUUUAUAAAUCUACCAUGUAUUCACAAUACACCCUUUAUGUUAUCAAAGUUUUAAGUAUGUACAUGUAUAUCAUUCAUGUAAUCAAAUUAUAUCAAUUUAUAUGGUUCAAUAAUUCAAUUGUGAUAAUGAUUGCAUAAUGAUUCUGUGUUCUUGUUAAUUUAUUGAAUAAAAAAUCUUUGCAUAUGAAA